AUGGGAGGCUGUAUACACAGCACCCAGGACCAAGCAAUCCAGUCAGAAGGGGGGUCCAGUCCUUCUGCAGCCCAAGCAUCCACUUUAGUGCCUAGGAAAAUGCCCAAAAGCAUAUCAAUAUCCAAGCAACUGGCUUCAAUAAAAGCUUUGAAGAAGGGCUCAGAUCUGGAGAAGGCUAUGACCACUGCUGCUCUGAUUUACAGAAACUUUUCUGACCCUGAUGGAAAACUUGGAAAAGCUACUGCCAAAAACCUGCUGCAAACCCAAUUCAGGAAUUUCAUAGCCAAACAAGAAACCAAGCCAAACUACCAAGACAUCCUCUCUGAACUUGAUUAUCACACAGAAAAUAAGCUUGAUUUUGAGGACUUCAUGAUCUUGCUUCUAAGUAUCACCAUCAUGUCCGAUCUACUACAGGAAAUAUGGAGUGUGAAAAUUAUGAAAUAA